AUGAAACGAAUUCUUAUCACAGGCGCAGCAAAUGGGCUUGGACGACAUAUGGCAACAAAAUUCCUCUCUCGAGGAUUCUAUGUAACAUUAGCAGAUAAUGAUAAAAUAUCUUUGGAAGCACUUCAAAAACUACUUGAAAACGAUUGUCAUGUAUUUCCAGCAAAUUCGGGUCGCUCAACUCAGACACAUGCUUUAUUUUAUAAUUGUAACGUCGCUGACGAGUCAUCAGUAGCUGCAUGUGUUGCUGCUACCGUUGAAAAAUUUUCUGGUUUAGAUGCUCUCAUCAAUAAUGCUGCUCUCGCAAGUCCAUGGAUUGGUGGCAAUAAUAAUCCUGAUGUACCAUUUGAUGCCGUACCUGUUUCACAUUUUCGUAACUUCAUAGAAGUAAAUCUCAUUGGUUCAUAUAUCUGUUCUCGCUAUGCUGCUCCGCAUCUUCGUGCUUCAAAAGGUUGCAUAGUCAAUAUUUCAUCAACUCGUGCUCUUCAAUCUGAGGCCAACAAUGAAGGAUAUUCUGCAAGUAAAGCUGGACUCAUUGGACUUACUCAAGCAAUGGCUGUUAGUUUUACAGAUUCUGGUAUCCGAGUUAAUACAGUUUCACCUGGCUGGAUCGAUGUUCGAGAUAUGGAUACGCGACAGUUGGCUGAAGGUGGUAAAGGAACUGUUUUACCUCCUCUAUCGAAGUCUGAUCAUUCACAGCAUCCUGCUGGACGCGUUGGUGUACCUGAAGAUAUCACAAAAAUUGUAGAAUUCUUGGUAGACGACGUUAAUGGAUUCAUUACAGGACAGAACUUUAUUGUCGAUGGUGGCAUGACUAAGAAAAUGAUCUAUCACGAAUGA